AUGGUGGAGCACCGAAAACUCUUGUCUCCAGUGAUAGUGAGACAUUUGUUUCUCUUUUUUUUCCCUACUGAUUCCUCUGACUUUAAUCAAAAUCAAAUUAUGGUUUCCGAUAUUUAUGGAAUGUCUUCUGGAAUACUGAAAACCCAAACUAUCUUCUUCACUCAAACUGUACUUGGUAUUCUGGGAAAUUCCUUUCUCCUAUAUUUUUACAACUUCACUUUGCUCUCCAGACACCAGUUGAGACCCACAGACUUGAUUCUCAACCAACUGACACUGGCCAAUUCCAUGGUCCUUUUCUUUAAAGGGAUACUUCAGACAAUGACAGCUUUUGGACUGAAAUAUUUCCUGGGUAAUACUGGAUUUAAAGUUAUUUUUUAUAUUUACAGAGUGGCCACAUGAGUUUCCUUUAGCACCAUCUGUCUCCUUAAUGGAUUCCAAGCCAUUAAGCACAACCCCAGUAUGUAUAGGUGGAUGGAGCUCAAGAUUAGAUCCCUCAAGUUCAUUGGCUUCUGCUGUUUUCUCUGCUGGUUCCUGCAUCUCUUUAUAAAUGCAUACAUUGCUAUCGUAGUGAAUGGCCCAUUGAAUAGCAGAAACUUUAGUGUGAAAGACACUUAUGGAGAGUCUUCCUGGAAAAUGCCAGAACAUUUUGCCACAUUAUAUGCACUCAUACAAUUUUCCCCUGACUUUAUGAGUUUGGGCUUUAUGGUUUGGGCCAGCAGCUCUGUGAUCUUUGUCUUGCACAGACAUAGGCAACGAGUCCGACACAUUCAUAGUAACAAACUCUCCUCAUAAUCUUCCCAUGAGGCCAGAGCCACAUGCACCAUCUUGACCCUUGUAAGCUCCUUUUUCACUUUCUAUUCAGUUUAUGCUAUUCUGACAGUUUGGAUGACUCUAGUUGCAAACCCAGGUCAGUGGAUGGUGAGCGACACUGUGUUUGUGGCCUCGUGUUUUCCAACUUUCAGCACCUUCAUACUCAUCUUCAGUGACAAGUGUAUCUUUCAGUUCUGCUUUGCCUGUAGGACAAGGAGAACUCUUUCUUCUGCUCUGAUUGUAACACCACCUACAGCACUUGCGCCCUAUCCCAUGGGUGUUACUGAAUGUGACCAGGAAGGGCACAAGAAUUCACCCAAAGAAUAG